CGCGGCUCUUCAGUUUAACUUCCGGGUCGAAAUAUUGUGCAUGAAGUGAAGUCUGCUUACAAAUUCACUGGGACGAACUUCUUGGCCAACUUAACCUUUUACAAUGUCCCGAGGCUCCAGUGCAGGGUUUGAUCGACACAUCACCAUCUUCUCUCCCGAGGGCAGACUCUAUCAAGUCGAAUAUGCUUUCAAGGCUAUAAACCAAGGUGGGCUCACAUCAGUAGCAGUCAGGGGAAAGGAUUGUGCAGUUGUUGUAACACAGAAAAAAGUACCGGACAAGCUUCUGGAUGCCUCCACAGUGACCCACCUUUUCAGAUUAACAGAUAAUAUUGGAUGUGUAAUGUCUGGGAUGACGGCCGACAGCAGGUCCCAAGUCCAGCGAGCUCGCUAUGAGGCAGCCAACUGGCAGUACAAGUAUGGUUAUGAGAUUCCAGUGGACAUGCUCUGUAAGAGGAUUGCUGAUAUCUCACAAGUCUACACGCAGAACGCUGAGAUGCGACCACUGGGCUGCUGUAUGAUCGUGAUCGGCAUAGAUGAAGAAUACGGCCCUCAGGUGUACAAAUGCGACCCAGCGGGCUACUAUUGUGGUUUCAAGGCCACCGCUGCUGGAGUGAAGCAGACAGAAGCCACCAGCUUCCUGGAGAAGAAAGUGAAAAAGAAACUGGACUGGACCUUUGAGCAAACUAUUGAGACGGCAGUCUCUUGCCUUUCAACUGUUCUCUCCAUUGACUUCAAGCCCUCUGAGCUAGAGGUGGGCGUCGUCACAACACAGGAUCCCAAGUUCAGGAUUCUGACAGAGACUGAACUGGAUGCCCACCUGGUGUCCCUGGCCGAGCGGGACUGAGCGAGCAGAGCGGUGUCGCCUGUUGGAUUUAGUUAGAGCAUGAUGGAAAUGCAGUUCCCAGAUGGAAGGCUGGUGUUAUCUUUGUUUGCUGUACAUUUACCCCACUGUUUCAUUCAACAAUAAAGUUUUUGGAGUAAAACUAUUAA